UAGCGGUAUUCCACAAGUUGGAGGGGCCGAGUUGUUGUUUCCUACCCGACGUCAUGCGGGGCGCGCCUGAUUCCUUGCAAGCUUUGUAGGUAGCUCGCGACAGAUCCAUUAAACUCCCUGUCCCACAGCGCGACCUCGCACAAAAUAUCCGAGAACGCUUCCGACAAUUGCAUUCGUUUGUAGAUAAGCUGUAAGGCUUAUCAUUCCGCGAGAAGAGGCGUGCGACGUGUUGCAAAUCUCGCUGGACAGUAUUCCUAGACCCCCCCCCCUUCGAACGUACUGGAACUUCUCCUACCCCACCGCUUUUCCUGCCUCACCUCGACAUCACCGGGAGUUUCCUACGUCUGUUCCGCUUCUUUCACCUAUAUUAGACCGACACUCCUAUAUUAUCCCUAGAAGAACACUUCUUGCGCCUUGGGCUCCAACGCUCGGCCACCACCCACCAUGUCGACCUUUGUCGUCUCCCUAUUCCUUCCCCAUACGAUAGACUUCCACCUGUCCAAGUCGACCCAACCUUCGAGCCCUCGACAAGCCUCCCCACCUACGAUCAGUGAAGUCGGACGACAGACCUCCGCUACAAGCAUACGCGGUGUUCAGGAUGAGCAGGUACAGAGCAUCCUUAAGCGGGCGCCACCUUCGCACAUUCAGCUGCCGAAGACACCAGGGGCUAUGCUAGAGCAUGAAGACUUCUUCACGCCCGCGUUGCCCAGCGCCGCGACACACUUCCCGCGACCAUCAGAUCCCAGGAGCUUAGUCCGCAGCGAUGCUCACAUUCCAGAGUGGGGUGCGGGCGGUCUAUUCUUCAAUCAACCGAUUUCGAGGACCGACCCAGCAUUGCCUGAUACGAUUCUCGAGUACGCGAAAGCACAAGAACGCGCGCAAGCUCAGAAAGAGCGCAUGAAAAACUCGCAACCGGGACAGAUGACUACGGAUCCGCGAUGGGCAUCUGAUUACUCGGUCGUGCCUGCAAUUCAAGGCAACGGCGGGCUCUUCAACGCCGUCCGUGCUGCAAUCAACAACAAGAGCAUAAAGGAUGUACUUACUGUUGGUUUGAUCGGCUUUCCGACCGACAGCUUGAACGAGGAGAAGAAGAAUGAUAUCUACGAGAAGCUUGAAGAAGAACAGGAGGCUCUGGCCGUUUUCGUCAGCGACAAAGACUUUGACGGACACUACGCCCACUACUGCAAGACCAUCUUGUGGCCUGUGUUUCACUACAUCAUCCCUGACCACCCCAAGAGCAAGGCUUUCUUGGACCACUCAUGGAUCUACUAUGUCAAGAUCAACCAAGCAUUCGCGGACAAGGUGGUCAAGAACUACAAGCGAGGCGACAUCAUCUGGGUCCACGACUACCAUCUAUGCUUGGUUCCGCAGAUGAUUCGACAGAAGCUCCCCGAUGUGCAGAUUGGGUUCUUCCUCCACACCGCCUUCCCCUCAUCUGAGGUCUUCCGCUGCUUGGCUUCUCGCAAAGAGUUGUUGGAGGGCAUGUUAGGUGCCAAUCUGGUUGCAUUCCAGACUCACGAAUACGCCCACCACUUCCUGCAGACAUGCAGUCGGAUCCUCUCAGUUGAAGCUACCGAGGACGGAGUCCAACUAGAAAACCGUUUCGUCAAUGUUUUGUCGUCCCCGAUCGGUAUCGAUCCUCGCGCACUUGCUCAACAUCGAGAAGAGCCAGAAGUACUAGAGUGGAUCAAGACGAUGCAGAAGCGUUACGAGGGAAAGAAGGUCAUUGUUGCGCGUGACAAGCUCGAUAAUAUUCGCGGAGUUCGACAGAAGCUUCUGGCUUUUGAGUUGUUCCUUAACAAGAAUCCGCAGUGGAAGGACAAAGUGGUUUUGAUCCAGGUUGCCACUUCUACAACCGAGGACCACGAGCUGUCUGCAACCGUCUCAGAAAUCGUCACCCGAAUCGACGCUGUGCACUCUACUUUGACGCACAACCCUCUUGUCUUCUUGAGGCAGGAUAUUUCCUAUCCACAAUUCCUCGCUCUGCUAUCGAUUGCGGACGCUCUCGCUAUCACAAGUCUACGAGAAGGGAUGAACCUUACUUGCCACGAAUUCGUAAUCUGUCAAGAUGGCAAGGCCAGCGAGAAGAAGUACGGACCUGUUAUUCUCAGCGAAUUCACUGGAAGUUCUGCUACUUUCGAUGGCGCCGACCUCUCUGUGAACCCGUGGGACUACAACAACAUCGCCGAGGCUUUUAAGAUUGCACUGGAGAUGAGCAACGAAGAGAAGGAACGACGGUACUCGAAGAUGCGAAACAUGGUCAUGCAUCACACCGGUGACUUCUGGUUCAGCAAUCUUAUCGAACAUCUUGCCAAAGUCCAUGAAGAACAAUUCAGUCGCGACACAUUGUCUAUCCCUCGACUCUCUUCUCACAACCUUGUUCGCGCUUACGAGCAGACCUCGCGACGUCUCUUUCUCCUCGACUACGAGGGCACGCUGGCCUCAUACGGAUCGGUUAAUAGCACAGUUAUUACCAAUACGGAGCGUGUCAUCGACGUUCUCAAUGAGCUCGUUGCUGAUGACAAGAACAGCGUUUACGUGAUGAGUGGUCAACCUGUCUCGGAAACCGAGUUGAUCUUCAAUCGUGUCCGUGGUCUCGGUCUGAUUGCUGAGAACGGGUGCUUCCUACGAGAACCUCAUUCACAAGAGUGGACGCAGUUCCCCAACGAAGAAAAGACAGUCAAGUGGAAGGAGUCAGUCAAGCCUAUCCUCCAGUACUACGUGGAGCGUGUGGAGGGCAGUUGGGUUGAAGAGCGACACUGCUCGCUCAUCUUCCACUACCAGAGAGCGGGUGACAGUGAUGCUCCAAGUCGCAACGCAGGUGACUGUGCGAAUCACAUCAACGACGCUUGCGAACAGCAGCGUGUCAAGGCCAUCCCCACGAGAGAUUCCGUCAUCAUCGAGUCUGUCGACUACGACAAGGCCACCGCCGCCCGACACCUCUUCAAGAAAUACGCCGAGAACACUCGUCCGGAUCUCCUGCUCGUCGCUGGAAACGAUCGCAACGACGAGACCGUGUUCCGCUGGGCGAAGGCCUUGAAGGAUGAAUGGGUCGUCCCCAACGUCGAGACUGUGACAGUCGGCAACCGCAAUUCGGUCGCAAUGUCCACGCUCACCAACGGCACGACUGGUCUCUUGAAUAUAUUGACCAAACUCAGCAAGAUCCACACGUCCUCGUAGGAUACGUGAUGGAGCGGCUGAAGUUACUUUUUCCCUCAGAUUGCAUCAGAUGAUCUCGGAGUUGUACGGGUGGGGGUUCUUUAUGGAAGCACGAUGCCUUCCUUGUCUGCGGAGCGACGAAGCGACGCAUCUUCACGACCUUGACGAGAUGACCGUGAUGGAUGAUUGCACAGCAUGGCGCAACGUAAUGGAAUGAAUGAAUGAAUGCAUGAACGGACGAUACCACAGCGAUGGAUUGCUAGAGCGUGCAUUAGUGGAGU